UAGGCGCCACGAAAGUGCGCGCAACCAGCGCAUGCGCGCGCUAAGGUGCAGACGGUGUAGUAAUGAAAGUAGCGCGGCCGAAGUUAGUCGAGUUCAGUCGAGGUUGGAACGCCGCAGGUGUAGUGUUGGUUGACUAGUCAGACAAUCGUGAGUCUGUCAGUUUGAGGGACGAAACCCCCGCGCAGGAUUAACGCACUCAAGACAGCAUGGCGCUCUUCCGCUUCACCCCGAAACGCUGCCUCGAGUUUCAGAAAAUAACAUCGGCGGUUUUCUCACGUCAGUUGACCGAUGCAUCGACGGAUCUUAAGAAAGUUCUCAUCGACAGGAUUCCCAAGGAGCAGGAACGUGUGAAAGCAUUCCGUAAAAAUCAUGGAUCCACCAAAGUCGGAGAAGUCACUGUUGACAUGAUGUACGGCGGUAUGCGCGGCAUCAAGGGGCUCGUUUGGGAGCCCUCAGUGCUCGAUCCGGAGGAGGGUAUCCGCUUCCGCGGCAAGUCGAUCCCCGAGUGUCAGAAACUCCUACCGAAGGCGGCCGGCGGCGCCGAGCCGCUGCCGGAGGGCCUCUUCUGGCUGCUGAUCACCGGCGACGUGCCCACGGACGCGCAGGUGAAAGCGAUCUCGCAGGAAUGGGCGUCCAGGAGUUCCCUGCCCGACCACGUGGUCAAGGCCCUCAACAAUUUCCCCAAGUCUUUGCACCCGAUGACGCAGUUCUCCGCGGCGAUCACGCUGUUGAAUAGCGACAGCGAGUUCGUCCGGGCGUACAACAAGGGCGUGCACAAGAGCAAGUACUGGGAAAGCGUGUACGAGGACUCGAUGAAUCUGAUCGCCAAGCUGCCGGUGGUGGCCGCCACCAUUUACCGCAACAUCUACAAGGGCGGCAAGGGCUUGGGCUCGGUGGACAGCGGUAAGGACUGGUCCUGGAACUUCGCCAACAUGCUUGGCUACGACAAUGCGCAGUUCAUCGAGCUGAUGCGUCUCUACUUGACGAUCCAUUCGGAUCACGAGGGAGGUAACGUGUCCGCGCACACCACCCACUUGGUGGGAUCCGCCUUGUCGGACCCGUAUCUGUCCUUCGCCGCCGGUAUGAACGGUUUGGCCGGGCCGCUGCACGGUUUGGCCAAUCAGGAAGUGCUGGUCUGGCUGGAGAAGCUGCGCGGCCAGGUCGGCGACGCCCCGAGCGACGACAAGCUCAAGGAAUUUAUCUGGAACACGCUGAAGAGCGGCCAGGUUGUGCCCGGUUACGGACACGCCGUUCUCAGAAAGACUGACCCAAGGUACACCUGCCAGAGGGAGUUCGCGCUCAAACAUCUGCCGGAUGACCCGCUGUUCAAGCUGGUCGCUCAAGUGUACAAGGUGGUGCCGCCGGUCCUGCUGGAGACCGGCAAGGUGAAGAAUCCGUGGCCGAAUGUGGACGCGCAUUCGGGCGUGCUGCUGCAGUACUACGGCAUGAAGGAGAUGAACUACUACACGGUGCUGUUCGGAGUGUCGCGUGCGUUGGGCGUGCUCGCUUCCCUGGUGUGGGAUCGCGCUCUAGGACUGCCCAUCGAGAGGCCUAAAUCCCUCAGCACCGAUCUCCUUAUGAAGGCCGUCAAGGCUUAAGAAUUGUCCGUCUGUCAAUCUGAUCGCCAAUCGUUGUCAUUGUCGUCUUGAAGUCUCGUCGCUUCGAUCUCGACUCUGUUCGGGCAUCGACAGUGAUACCGAGAACUUGGAUUACGAUACAUUUUGAUACCGACGGAACCACCUCAACGAGUCCACGCCUUAUUGAGUGAAUAGGAGAGAGCGAAAGUAUGAGAAAAUGAGAGGGAGAGAUAGAGAGCGCGAAAGAGACAAGGCUAGGUAUUAGAAACGACAAAUAAUUACGUCUUAACAAUGUAUUAUCUAAAUGUAGAAUUAUUAAGAGCAAACACAUCAAUAUUCCUCCGCGUCAACGAGGCUUCGUUCGCGUCAACGUUCGCCUCGUUAACCCUCUUCCUACCAUCGAUACUGUUAAGUAUAAUUAAUUACAAAUAAACGUUUUAAUUAUAAAUAAUAUAAUUGUUAACAUAGCUUAAUAAUUAAUACAACUGUUUCAAAUUGCUUACUUAAAAAGUAUUGAUCGUGGGAAGGGGUUGAAUUGGGUGCAGUUCAUACACUUAUACAUUUAGAGUGUAUACACGUAUACUCUUUAUUCAAGUUGCUUUUGCAUCCAAACAAAAGCGUAACUUGAUAUAGUAGUGGAAACUGCCAAAUCCGCGAGGAAACUUAAGACAGUGCAAAAAUUCAAGAGAUAAAUUCUAGGAAUUUAAAUACUACAAUUCUUUUAGAGACGUUUAAGUAGAUUUUUAAAUGUUUCAAACGUCAAAAAGAGAGCAUGUGUUUUUGGAUUUGAAGCCACGCGCAUAUACACAAACACGAGAUACAAAAGAGGCAUCGGAAAUAGAUAAGGCAUUAUUGUAAAUAUAGUCAUCGCUCAAUACUCAGGCUGAGUUCUACUUGGCGAUCGCAACGCUCGUGAACAUUAUCUAUCUUUUUUUAACUUUCGAUGAAAACAAAGAUAAAAUGAUUCCACAAGCGUUGCGAUCGCCAAGUGGAACGUACCUUCAAUAACACGUUAACUACCGCUAGGAAAUUGUGAGAAAGGAUCGGUUGCAUUAACGCGAAGUCUGCGGCGAUGGUCAGCGUGUUAGCGGUAAUCUCAGCGAUACAACGGCAGUGCGAAAAUAGCAACUCCUAACUCAGCGGUAGAUUUGUAGAAUCGCGUAAAAAUCUCAGACGCCGUUAAACGUCCAAGAUCUGCUCAAGCGUCUGGAAAACGGUACAAUGAAAUGUCGUUCAGACGACAUUCGAGUGUCUGUGACUUUCGCGUUGUCUGAGGCCGAUUAAAAUUACAUAGGAAUCAAUAAAUUAGGAAUCUUAUAAUGUUAUUAUUGUCUUGCCUCGACAUUCGAGAAAUACACUGCCCUGAGAAAAGCAUCACAGAUUUUUUUUUUUUAUAAUCAGGUAGAUUUCUUGAAAACGAUCAAUUGUCGAAUGACGGAAGCGCUGUCAAAUUUUCACGAAUAGAGAAUAGAGAUUUCAAGACAAUAGUUGGCAUCAGUACGCUAAGCGCGAGCAUGCGGUGCUACUUAGUUGAGGCACAAGUUCUCUGGCCGCUAGUUUACUGUACCAUCUCCCUCAGGAAGCCCAUAAUUAAUUAUUCUUAGAACGGCGAAAGUGUCGCUGUAGUUGCGGAAUACUUAAGAGCGAGCAAUGAUGCAGAGUGAUCAAUAAGCACUUAAAAAUAGCGGGUACAGCCCUGUCGGACGGACGGCCGACACGGUUACCUAAUCGUACUCGAUCGUAGCGAGUCGCCGCGGUUCAUGCGUAAAAUUAAGGAGUAUGACCAGUGAUGAAGUCACUGUUACGAGAAUGAAUGAAUGUGUGCACACUUUAUUUAUAACAAACGCGAAAAUAAAUGGAAAAUUACAGA